AUUCUUCUAUAAGUCACUAUAUAUAUAGGAGUAUGUACAUAGGAAAUAAUAGUGUACACUAUAACUUCCAACAAAUACCAAUUGAUCAGAUAUGGCUCUCUCAUAUUUUGGUGUUUUUGUUGCAAUUUCCCUGCUUUUGGCGCCCAUGGCAGCUAAAGGAGAUAACCAUGUUCCUCCUAGCCUAGCUCCUUUUUUUGAUGAUUUAUGCAAAGAAGUGGAGUGUGGAAAGGGAAGUUGUGAGGCUGCUCCAGGCUCUCCCUUCAGCUUCAAGUGCAACUGCGAACAAGGGUGGAAGCGUACACGUCUUGACGAUGAAGAUGACUUAGAAUUCCUUCCCUGCAUCAUUCCCGACUGUGACGUGAACUACUCAUGUAUGCCUGCCGCCCCUCCGCUCCCAGCAGUUCCCAACAUCGCAUCCGUCUUUGAUCCUUGCUAUUGGGUCUACUGUGGAGAAGGAACUUGCUCAAAGAACUUAACACGUACUCACACGUGUCAAUGCAACGCUGGCUACUCCAAUCUCCUCAACGUCACUGCUUUUCCCUGCUACAAUGAUUGUGCUAUUGGGUCGAACUCGUGUGAAAGGCUUGGGCUCAAAGUUUCAAGUGCUACUUCAAAUCCAUCUUCGAAUGGUGACAGUAACCAAGCUGUAGCAUUCUCUAUUGGGAAGUUCAACUGGAUGGCAGUCUUGCUUGCUAGUGCUGCUGUUGCUUUCUGGAAAUAAAGAGUCUUCACAUUUAUUCUCAUCUCGCAUAUCCAUACAUAUUUCAUCAUGUUUAUUUCAUUGUAUUUUUUGCUAUAUUAUAGAUCAUUUGUAUAAAUAAUGUGAAUCGACACGUAGUCAGUUAGCUCAUUGAUGUACAAAAUAAAUAAAUAAAUAUACUUUUUUUUAUCUAGAA